AUGGAUCCACAAAGAAAAACAGCAGCUGGUCCAAUGGCUCCCACCAGUGUAAAAACAGCACAGGAUGUAAACAAGGAUAUAGCGGCUGGUUUCAUUGAUGGCACAAUAAGGAUAUUUGAUUGCAAUUCUGGUGAUUGCACACAUACGCUUGUAGACGAUGAAUGUCGAGUAUAUCCCGGUCCAGUAACGGCUCUAAAGCACAGACCAACUAGUAAAUCACAUCCUAUAACGAACACUCUGUUAUCUUCCUAUGUUAAUGGAUGCAUAAAAUGUUGGAAAUAUAAAUAUGAGCAAUGUUUGUACACAAUAAGAGAGAAACGACAAACAUUGGGCCUGUGCUAUCAUCCACGACAUCCAAAAUUUGUUACUUUUGGUGAUGACGCCAAACUCAAUAUGUAUGACGAAGAAGCACAAACGCAAGAACGCGCUUUUUAUUCUAGUCAGCGGAAAAAUAUAAGAGAUGGUCAUACAUCAAGAAUAUUCGCCUGCGUUUUCAAUCCUAAAUCACAUCAUGAGUUUAUUUCGGGCGGUUGGGAUGAUACCGUUAUAUGUUGGGAUGAUAGACAACCUUAUGCAACACGCUUUUUCUCCGGUGUACACAUGUGCGGAGAAGGCCUAGACUUUGAUAAACCUGGCAAGCAGAUUCUUACAUGUUCUUGGCAAGAAAAAGAUAACAUACAAAUUUGGGACUAUGGGUCAUGUAAACUUAUGGAGACCAUUGUACCAGAUAUUUACCAGUCUAAACUGUAUUGUGGAAAAUUUGUCCCAAAAACUAAUUUAAUUAUAUGUGGUGGCUCUGAUCCUAAUAUUUUACGUGUAAUUGAUAUCAAUAUGAAAAUUACUGAAUGUUCAAUACGUAAUAACCCAGGCGAUGUAUACGGCUUCGACUUCGGAACAAUAAGAAGAAAAGCGACUAAAGUAUUAGAUACAUAUGAAAAAGUCAAAGAAAUAGGGGAUUCUCCUCGAGUUGUUUUUGUUACUGGGAAGAGACUUCAGACUGUAGAUUUUGGC